AAACUGAAAUCGGGAGAGAUAUUUUGGUUUCGACUAUAAUGCUUAAAACUGCCUUCUCCAUCUGAUCCUGAUUGACCGUCUCUCCCUCUUCGAAUGUCAUUUACGCCACACAACAGCGUUGUCGCAAAGUGUACCACCACCUUGCUGUGCCAUCUCCGAGCGCUACCUCUAUGGGGAAUUGCCCUCGUCAUCUUAUUUGCGGGAUUCCUACACGCAAAAGUCAUUGCGCUCCCUAAUCGCCUUUACCGUUCGCCGCCGCCAUCGAAGUCUAGUUGAUUUGUAGCAUAGUGAAUCAUCAUCAUCAUGGCGUCUCUAGCCUCCUUAUCGGACAAAGUACUAGCGGCGACUCUCGCAACUUUCAACAACGCGAGAGGCAAUGCAUUGGGCCAGCUCGAGUACUUUUUCAAGGGCCCGGGCAGAACGAGUCGAAUCAUAGCGCUGGCCGUUGUGCUAUACAAUUGGAAGAGCUUGCCUUUCGCCUGGACAUUCCGCGUCUGGGGCAGCCUGAUCGAGCACUUCGCCUUCCGGCGCUUCCACACACACACGCCCGACAAGCUCUUCCACCACGUCAUCACGCCCUCGCACGUCUCGCUGCUCGAGGUUGACUACUACCUGCACAAGUCCAAUUCAACAUACUUCGCGGACCUCGACGUCGGCCGCUCGCAGCUCGUCUCGCACCUGUUCGCGCGCGGCUGCCACGCCAUCAGCCGCAACGCCGCCACCAAGCUCGUCAUGGACCCGUCGAACCCGGGGAAACCCGCCAGGGGCAAGUUCGGCGUCGCGCUCGGCGCCGUCCACUGCAGCUUCAAGAAGGAGCUGCAGCCGUACCAGAGCUACGAGAUGUGGACGCGCGUGCUGAGCUGGGACCGCAAGUGGCUGUACAUCGUGACGCACUUCGUCGAGAAGGGCGCCGUGAGGCCGCGCUCGUGGGACGCGUCUGUGUUCGGCCCGACAAGGAAGACGGAGGGGACGCCGCAGGACUGGCAGAAGCAUAUCCAUGCUACGGCCGUGAGCAAGUACGUGUUCAAGGUCGGGCGCUUGACCGUGCAUCCGGCGAUGGUGAUGGAGGCCAGCGGCAUGCUGCCGGAGCGGCCCGGUGGGUGGCUGGUCGUGGAAGAUGACGCGGUCCCGUCGUCCCUCGGUGACAGUGGCGAGAUUGUCCCAGAACCAGAGGUUGAUGAUGCCGAGGCGACGGGUUGGGAUUGGAAGCGAACGGAGCAGGUGCGAAAGAAGGGGCACGACUUUGCGAUGCACUUCGCGGAGAUGGAUGGGCUGCAUGGUCAUUUCGACGGUGGAGAGGACGGCGCGUUAGGGAUUUUUGGCAUUGCAUAGAUCUGUUCAUAUCACGAUAGACGGAUACCACCAUAGAUUCAUACAUGCGGGUUGCCGAAAACAACCGCACGUCAUUUCAUAGAAAAGCUUAGAUCAAAGAAACGACAUUUGAACAUCAGAUGGAUCGAUUUAAUUCUUUCGCUGAGCAUUGGGUAUUACACACUACCUGGCUGGCUUGGGGCAAUUAGCUGUCAAAAAAUUCAUCUCCCUUUCCCCCCUUCAAACAC